UAGCACUAAGCAGGCUAUACAUUAUUGAAUCCGUAAUUAAUCUUUUGUCGAAACAGUUAACGAAGCGCGAGUCAGAGGUCCGUCUCCGUAGCGACGUUGACAUCACGUGACCUCAGCGCGAGACAUUCACUGAAGACUGUCAAAUGAAUGGUAAAUAAUUGGAAUUAAAAAAGUGAACCAACGGUUAACUAUUUCUUUGCGGAUUUUUUUGUAAAAGGCAUGCAACCAUAAAGGUGUAACCAUGACAACAAUGUUACCGAGGAUUACCUCGUCGAGGACCCCGUUACCAACGGGGAUCACACAACCACCUCCACGAUCUCAUUCAUCUGCCUCAUUGUACGUUCCUUAUCCACCUAAAGAACUUUCUAGCUCAAUGGACUAUUUACGCUUGCCUGGCCGAAUAAAUCCUUUAGCACCUCCACCACCUCGUCGGAGAAUCAACUGGAGUUGGGAAACUACAGACCAACAUCAUGAAAAUGAAAAAAGAAGUCUAUUAAUGCAAAAACGUGAACAUACAAGAUAUCAUUCAGCCUGGUCAAAAGCUUUUUAUGGAGCACCUGCAGAAAAAGAGGCAUACAGACGCCAUUUUCGAGAAGUAUUAAAACAACAGAUGUCAGACAAAGAUAAAAUGGAGAAAGUUGAGUUCCAGGAGAAGAUAAAGGAAACAGAGCAGGCUAUUUCAUAUGACAGAGAUUGUAGAAUGAAUGAUGCAAAAGAAUACCACAGAAAACACUCCUAUCUCAUGCAGUACAGGGAUGGAAAUAAACAGCAAAUGGAAGACAGGUGGGCAGAUACAAGAUAUAACCGAGAAUUAGAAAAUAGAAUAGACCGGGAAAGACUCAGAUAUAACCCUAUAAACUGGAGUUGUACUUUAAAAUAGUCAAUAUUCUAGUUCAACAAUAGUCCAGUCUUGUUCAACAGGCUUAUAUACAUUAAUAUAUACCCUGCAUGCAGAAUUGACGUCAUCAUUACUGAAUUGUUGCUCACUGACUCCAUCGGAAAUUGGCGCUGUUUAAAUAUUGACUGCCACUUAGCGUAUAGUACAUCACUGACGAAACAGAAGUUUAGGUCUUGUUUCUCUUUUAACAGUUCAUAAUAUUUAUACCAUUGAGAAUGCUCAUUUAGUGUUUAUAGAUUUCCACAGAAUGUUCAUAUGUAUAGGCUUAUAACAUCAGAAAUCUGUAAAAGAGAAUGGUAUGUGUCCCCUUGUUAGGGUAUUCUUACAUUUACACAGGUCUUUUUUAUAUUUUUACAAUACAUUAUUAUAAUGGAAUAUCAGUCACUGUUUGUUAAGUUUUGCUAUCAUAUUUAAAACAACUGUAGGACACUUCAUACCUUUUACAAUGAAUAUGCAUGAAGAACUAAGCGAUAAUAUGAAUUAAAUAUAAAUAUUAAGCCAUGUUUAUGUAUCUUGUUAUUUUACAAAGUUUUUGAUUUUUACCUGCUCAACUGUAUCAUAAAAUGGCCACAAAUUCACUUUUUAUAUGUAUAUUUUAUGUAUAGUUCAUCUGUUGCUAAUCUUCUACACAUUUGUUCUGCAGGUACAGUAUGUAACGACACUUGUGUAAAUUAUUGAUGAAUCUUUUUUCGACCCCAAUGCUUCAGAUAAUCCUAAAUUGAUUUUUGUUCCCUGGAAAGUGACAUAAAUCACGACAACUAGGUUAUAUGUUUGACUUCCACUUACUUGAACUUAACAUGUUAAUGAUUUUAAGAUGUAUUACACGUUAGUACACAAAUAUUGCAUAAAGGUUUCAAUGCAGCAACACUUGAUUGCUUGCAAUACAGAUGUACAUUAUACUGCAAGAAAAAAAUUGACAUUUUCGUUGAAAGUUUUAUUUGUGGAUUGUGAAUUUUAACAUAAUAACUGAAAUGCAACUUCAUGGGUAUUCUUGUAUCAAAAUUCACACAGAUAUCUCUAUGUGUAACCAAAUACCGCAUGUCAGCAUGACUUAAGAUACUUUCUUUUCGCUGCAAAGGGUAAUAUUCUAAGAAAUGCAUUUUUCUUAUGAUUAAAUAUGUAUAAGAAAGGUAUGUUCACCCUAUCAAUGUUUGUUACCAUCUUAAGUCUUCAAGGGUUGACAGGAUACUGCUUGUACACAACAUCGUGCCAAACAUUUCUCAGUGCCAACAGUUGUGUAUAGAGUUUACAGGAUAUAAUUUUUCCAUCAUAAUUUUCUAGAAGGUUACAUAUACAUACUGUAUCACUGGAGAAAUACCAACUAAAACAAACAAAAUAACACUUGCAUGCCGGAACAAUACAAUAUCUAUUUUUAACAAUUCACUUGGCCUGACUUGUGUAUUUUGACAAAAAGAUGUACUUUAUUCGAUGACCUUGUGUCAAAUCUGGUACAACAUUAAAUUUUGAUGUCUACUGCUCAGUAUAUAUAGUAUUGUGAUAUAUGUAAGAUAGUUUUUUUAUUUUUUUAAAAAAGUUGCUUAAUUGCUAGCAGCUAUAAAUUUAUGAAAUUUGAACUGAAAGAAUUAUUAAUUUAGCGAAACACCAUUUUUUAUAUAAAAAAAAAAAACAACAACAAAACCUGUGAAGGUUCUUUCAUUGAACUGUUUCACUAUUUCUAAAAAAUACAAAAAAAGUAGAUUAGAAGAAAACUGCAGUAUUAUUUUCCAAUUAAUGUAAGAAAAGUAACUCUGGAAUGAAUGAAUGUUUUUUGCAAGGGUUGUCUCCCUUAAUAUUUCACAGAUUUACACCCAGCUCUCAUUAGAUCUACGAUGUUCUUUUACAAGUAAUGCAGGGGUGUUGGGGACAAAUUUCACCUCUGGCCUAUAUGAUAAGCCUUCAUGCAAGCUAUAUUUAUACUGAGUGACUGUUUUUUUGCAUGAGAGAUAUUGUUUGUACAGUGAAACAAAUUUUAAUGAUACAUGUUUGAUUUGUCUAUUUUAUUACCUUUUCUACAUCCCUAUAUUUCAUUUCAUUGUUAUAUUGUACUCUUUCUGUGAUCUGUUGUUGCUAUUGUUUAGUGUGUGGACUUUGUAGAUAUUUAUACAAAAAUUGUUAAUUAAAAUGUGUUAUUUCCA